CAGCGCCUUUUGCGCGCCCUGCUUGCAAAGAUGGCGAUGGCUGUUGGCGCGCGGGAUGUUUGCAGAGCCGUUGCACAGUCCCUGGGUAGCAAAAUGUGAAUGCGGCAGGAGGAGAGUGCCAGCGGAAUGAGUCGGCGAAGGAAGCAUGCGGACAGCCCUGCGCGGAGGAGCACGCCGCGCAGGGCGGCUGCCGAGGACUGCUGCUCGGCGGGGGAGCCGGGGUCCCGGUGGUCCCGGACGGCCCGCGACUCCCGGCUCUGCCGGGCGGGAGCGCGGCCUUUGCGGCGGGAGCAGCGCCGGGCGGCGGCUGACAGCGGCCGGAGCCCCGGGGAAAAGUAUAAGACACCAACAAGAGUUGUGAAAACGGAUUUAUUAUCCUGUGCCUUCAGCUCUCCUAACGAUCCAGAUGGACAGACUGAUAUCUUCUGGGAUCAAAAUUCUCCACUGACCAAACAGUUAGGUAAAGGAAGAAGGAAGCAGAUUUCCAGUACAUACACUGAUGAGAUUUCACACAUUGUCAGCCGUAUUGCACCUCAGGAUGAGAAACCAGUGACAAACUCUAUGCUGGGUGUGUGGAUUGGCGACACUGCUAUUCCUUGUACUCCUAGUGUAGCCAAAGAAAAGUCAAGAGUGAAAAUCAGCUGCACAAAGUUAAAAACACAAAAUCGAGAAAAAGAACUUAUGAAAUUGGCUAAACAGUUUGAUAAAAAUAUGGAAGAACUUGAUGUGAUUCAAGAACAAGAUGUGAAGAAUCAUGAUUUUAUCCAGACAACUUCAGAAGUGGGACAUUUGCACAACCUUCAAGAUUCUGCACAGACAGAGACAGAUGAUACAGUUCCUGAAAUCAGUUGUGCUCUAUUAAAGAAGCAAAUGGAAGAAAACACCAGGAUAUCUGUGGCAAAGGAGCAAGACAGAAUUCAGAAACCCUUUGACCAAAAUGUUGAAGCAGCCCUUAAUGCUAUUUUUGAUGGUUCCACUCAGAUGUGUAGUGGACAGCUAAGCCAAGAUCUGCCAGAUGCUUUUGUGAACAAUAGUAAAACUACCUUUGUAAAGCAAAGAAGCUUAAUAGAAGAGGAAGUUACUAAUGAAACUCUGCUCACUGAAAACUUGCCAGAUAAAACUCUGAAAUCACCUUCCCCUCAGGUAGAUACUGCCUUACUGCAGAAAUCAUGUGUGACUCCCUGUGCGAAGAAGCCAGAAGCUUCGAAUAAACAUCUUGAUGGGUUGACUACUAGUGAUUUUGAGGACGAUUGGGAAAGCUUACUAGGCAAUGAACCUUUCCUUAUGGAAAAUGCUGAAAUGCUUGAACUCUUUCCUUCUACAACUGCCCAAGUUACUGGUCAGAAGGCAGUUUGUACUGUUAUUGCUCAAAAUGAUACAAUCACGUCAACAACAAAUAAGAAUCUAGAUGGAAAGUUAAGAGAUUCAAAAGUAACUCUGGAUCUUCCAUCAAAGACAUGUAACAGAGAACUAAGAAAUUCAGAAGGAUAUAGGUUUUUAUCACAUCCAAGUGAUGAAUCAAGCAAGUUACCAUUAACUGGAAGUAAAGUGAGGUUUGAGAAAUCUUUCAAUAACAUUAAAAAUGAAGGUUGUGUUGAUGUCUCUAAUCUUAUAAGAGUAAAAGAAGAUAGUCGCAAGUGUACAUUUAAUGUGUGUGCUUCUGACAAUUCUGGUUCAUACUCAAGAUACCCUAAUGAAAAAAAUGUUAACCUGCCUUUGAAAGCACCUAUUAUUGAUUGCCCCCUUGGUUCUGUAUCCUUGGGUAAAGAAAACAGUGUUUGUAUUGCAAAUCAGACUAAUGCAUCAAAGUUCAGUUCUUCCCUUGAUGACUGGAAUGAUCCUUUGGUGGCCAGUGAAAUGAUUAAAGCAUGCCAUGAGUUAGAGACUACCUGGGAAGCAGAUGAUGUCGAUGAUGAUUUGCUAUGUCAGGCAUGUGAUGACAUUGAAAGACUAACUCAGCAAGAAAACAAGGGCAGCAAGGAAGCAGAAAGUAUAAAUAACACUCCCAAACACAGAUCCAGAAAUACUUGGACUGCAUCUAAACGAAGCCAGGCAGUGCCUUCUACACAUUGGAAUCCUGUCGGUUCCUCAGUGCCUUCAUCCUUACCAAAGAACUCACUGAUACAUCCAUCAGUAAAGGUGGAAAAAAGAGACACGUGUGGAGAUUAUCCCAAUAUUUUGGAUGCUACAACAAAUUUGUCUGUGUGCCCUAAGAAUUCAAAUGAUCAUCAACAUGUACCACUACAGGUGAAUAGCUCAAAAUUUAUUCUUGCAGGAAGUUCAAGUUUGAAUGUUAGUUUGGGUCCUAAGAGCACAGAAAUGACUACUAAUAAGUUGAGUACCCAUCAACUAUCCCACGGCACCUUAGCAGAUAGAGCUCAGAAUGACAGCAAAAUACAGAAGUUUUCAAAAUUUACAUUUAAGACAAAAAAUCCGCAGUUUCUUUCUCAGUUAAAUCAAAGUUGUAUAGCAGGAAGUAUGCCUGUUAGCAAAAUCUUGCAGGAUUUUGGAAAAAAGGAAACUGUCAAUUCAUUGUUUGAGGCUAAUCAACAGCAAUCUUCAAUAAAAUAUUCUGAGUCUUUGAAACCAUCUUCUAAAGGUGAAGAAGAGAGGAACAGGAAGUACUCCCCCGAAGAAAUUCAACGGAAAAGGCAGGAAGCACUGGUUCGAAGAAAGGCCAAAGCACAGGCGAACCCUGCUGUGCAUUCAGCUCCCAUUGCACUGCUUUGAUGGAAUCUCAGUCAGACGGUUUCAUAGCUGUUAAUAACUAUCUAUGAUAGGACUUCUGAUCAUGAUUUCUCUGUGAGAAAUUUAAUGCUUCUACUUUAUUAUUUAAUAAAUCAGUGUUUACAAUGGUAAAUGAAA